AUGUCGGACAUUGCCAAAGGCGUCAGCAACUUGGUUGCCUCCAUCUUCGAGAUCAUCAAGGGUAUCUUUGUCACCGUGUACAACGUCUUCGAAGGUGCAUUGAACGCGGUCAUUGGUCUCCUCAAAAACACCUUCAACUUGGCUGAAGGUGUGCUUGGCUUCCUCAUCGGAAACAUCUUCAUCAUCGGAACGCUGUGCGCAGUCUACUUCGGGUAUGUCUUGUACCAGCAACGUCAGGGCAAACAACCGGCUCCAGUCUCGAAGGUGGUGACGGGGAAGACUCAAUGA